AUGGAGGCGGAGAAAGCAGGGGCAUCGCUGGACUAGCUGAUCGCCGGGUUCAACAGUCGGAUCUCGGAGCUCCAAGAGCUCGUUAUUGCGCGAAACAUGUACCCGGCCAGCACCGUCUCCGAUUUGUCGGCCGUCGAUGCCGCCGUGAAGGCCAUGGAGCUUCAGGUCCAGGCCAUCAAGGACCGGGUUCGCGACGAAACCCUUGCCAUACCCAAAGCAAAAAAACUGAUCGAUGAAUCGCUGAAGCAGCGAAGGAAAUUGAAGGAUAUGUCAAUUUAUGCCCCCAAUCAUGUUCCUGAAAGAAUGUCGAUGUUGAAUUUGGAUACAAAUAGAUGUUUAUUUCCAGAAAGCUCUCAGCAAAACACUGGUUCUGGGACCUUCAAGCUUGAGGAGGAUCCUGCACCACCACCACCACCCAAGGAGAAAAAGGAUCGUUCCAUGCCACCAUUGUGGUUUGUAAGUGCUGAAGAGCUGGAUUCCUUGUCAUCAUACAUGAGAGGAAGGCUUACACUAGAGAAGGUCAAUGCAGCUAUUAGUGACAUGGCAACAUAUGCUGAAGCAAAUUAUCAGCUCAUAGCUGCUCCAAAGAAGAAUGUGGCAGGGGAUCGAUGGGAAAAAACCUUGGAAAUAAGAGAUAUAGCAAUGCAUGAAGCAGUAAAGGGAAAACACUUCUUUCUUGAAACUGACAUGAAGGGACCAUCCUUGAAGCUUGACAACACUAGAAAAGCAAUACUAACUGUCCUUCGUCACCUUGGUCGUGUAAGUGAGACACGGAUUGGUCAUCGGGUGAUCAUUCUUUUGAAGCCUCACUGAUAGGGCUUGCUUUCUGGACAAAUGUAUGCAUUGUUUUUAAUCCUUUUCUGUUUCGGAUAAAACUUGUGUUUUUCCUCGCUUGCAAAUGUUGUAAGUUGUAGAAGUUGAAAACUGUUUUGGAAAAUCACGAACUUUGUUCAGAACUUAUUGAUCCUGUGUUUUAUUUUAUUUAUAGUUUCAUUAUAUUAUAUAGAAGUUGAAAACUGGUUUGGAAAGUUAUGAAA